AUGAAUAUGGGUCAUCUUAAAAUGUUAUUAUUUUUCUUUAUUUUUAAUACAUUUUUAUUAUUACAAAAUGUAAAUUACCGAAAUAACCAUUAUAAUAUUAGCCACAUACCAUAUAACACACAAAGAACAACGACCAAAUCAAGAGUGUUAGCAGAAAUAGAGAGAUCAAACAAUCCUCAUUAUCAUAAUGAUCCAGAACUCAAAGAAAUAAUUGAUAAAUUGAACGAAGAAGCAAUCAAAAAAUAUCAACAAACUUAUGAUCCAUAUGAACAAUUACAAGACGUGGUUGAAAAAAAAGGAACAAAAAUUAGAAGUACAUAUGGUGCAGAACCUAUGUCAACCUUAGAAAAAGAAUUACUGGAAAUAUAUGAAGAAAUGUUUGGUGAUCAAAAUUCUAUUAUGUUAAAAUCGGGUAUAAACUGCAAUCAAAAUGAUAAAUCUUGUGAAUUCACAAAUAAGGAAAAUUCAUCCACCAACUCAUUUUUAUCGAAUACAGUACACAAUAAAUAUUUGGAUAAUUUAAGAACUGGUUGUAUUGGAUCUGUUAAUACAUGUGCACUUUCGUCUAUAAUUACAGGAAGUUAUGGUGUUACUGCUGGUGUUACUGCAGCUAAAGCGGCAAUUGCAAGUUAUUAUGUUUCAACUUCAUCUGCUAAAUUGACAGAAUUUCUUGUUGGUAUAAAAGUAUUUUUUGAUAGUUUAGUUACAAGUGCUCUUGGUUCUAUUGGUUCUACGGGUCCUGUUGCAAACACUGCAUUGUCUGGUAUUACAAGUGCUUCCACUGGAGCUUUUUUUCCUUAUGGUAUGGCAAUUGUUUCGCUUAUUGCAGUAACUAUUAUAGUGAUACUUUUAUAUAUAUUGUUACGCAAAAGAAGAAAAAAUACAUGGAAACAUGAUUGCAAGAAACAUUUAUGUACGUAA